AUGGGAUUUAGCUUCGGUGAUUUGUUAGAAGAUGUAAAAAGGACAAUUGUAAAAUUCAUUAAAAAAUUAGUAUUAUCGGAUCUCACAACUCAUGCAGUUCCGGUAACCGUUCCUUUGGCUGAUACUGGCAUAGCAUGCAUUGGUAAAACUCUCCAAGAAAAGGCAAAAGAAAGCAAUUUUGAAACUUCUCUCUUACUAGACUUAGACUGUACUGCUAUUGAUAAAAACAUCAACUUACAAGAAACGGUUAAGGAAAAAGGUCGUAAAGCUCUUCAAAUACUAGGAGAUGCUGUUAUAAGCAACAACGUGAAGACUAGCAGUUUAGUCACUGGUUCUAAGAAUUUACUAUCACAGGUGGUUGGAGAAUCAGUUAACGUUUGCAAAAAAGCUGAAUUAGUGUCAACUAUCCUAGAAAGAGCUGAGAAGCUAACACAUUGCAAACAUCAAAAAGAUGCCAACUAUGAUUCCGAUUGCCCUGUAUGUUCCCAAAUAAAAUCGAAUAAUGAAAACGAAAACACGAGAUUAGGGCUCGAUUAUCUUUUGAACGAUUUAGGAAGGAAAACCGUAGUAAUAGGAAAAUACGCGAGUAAAGUUGCAUUAUCGGGUGUUGCUGCGGGUGCGUUAGUUGCCACAGCUGGUGCAGCUGCCCCAGUAAUUGUCCCCUUGGCUGGUGCUGGCAUAGCAUACAUCGGUAAAGGUCUACAAGAAAUAUCGAAAGAGAGCGAUAACGUAGUUCUUCAAUUACUGAGCGACACUGUUGUGGAAGUAGGUAGCGACCUUCAAGAAUCAGAUGAAGGAAAUGAUUGCGGCGCUCUACAAAUGCUAAGCGAUACUGUUAUAGAUGCAGGUUUCGGCGCUAUAGUUGGCGGUUUAGCCAUCAGUUCUAGCAAUUUAUUAUCCCAAAUGGUUGGAAAUUCGGACAACGCUUGUAAACAGACUAAAUUAAACAGAGAUGAGGUGGUAAUACAAUGCAACCAUGAGAAUGAUUCUGAUUGUCUUGUAUGCGACGAAUGUUCUCCAAUAAAAUCGGAUAACGAAAACAAGAGAUUCGACUUCGGCAAUUUUUUGGAUGAUGCUAGGAGAAAGACUUUAAAAGCGGGAAUAUUCGCUGGUAAACUCGUAUUAACGAGUGCUGCUACAGGUGCAGUAGUUGCCACAGCUGGUGCAGCUGCUCCAGUAAUUAUCCCUUUGGCUGGUGCUGGCAUAGCAUACAUCGGUAAAGGUCUCCAAGAAGCAACGAAAGAAAGCAAAUUGCUAGAUGCGAUUGUAAUGAAUACAGGUAUCAGCACGAAAACAGGCGGUUUUGAUACAGGUCUCGGCGGCGCGAUUACUGGCGGGUUAGCAACCGUUUCCAACAGUCUAAUAUCGCAGAUGACUGGAAAAUCGGUUGACACCGCGGUUAAGACAAUUGAAUUAUCGAUUGACCAAGAAGCAACGAAAGAAAGCAAAUUGCUAGAUGCGAUUGUAAUGAAUCCAGGUAUCAGCACGAAAACAAGCGGUUUCAAUAAAGGUCUUGGCGGCGCGAUAACUGGCGGUUUAGCAACCGUUUCCAACAGUUUAAUAUCGCAAAUGACUGGAAAAUCGGUUGACACCGCGUUUAAGAUUGGUAGGACAAUUGAAUUAUCGGUUAAGGCGGCGUCUGAGCGUAUGUCAACUACAAUUGGCGGAGCUGAAAAGCAAAGACAGGAAAAUCUUUCUAACUACAACUUGGACUCGAGCCAUAAUUAUAUUAUUAAAAAUACUCUCUAUAAAUACAAACACGUUAUACAUAAAAACUAUCCUAAAUGCGCUAUCAAUAAGUGCACUCCAAAUACACUUUCUAACCUUAGCCCUAAUUAUAUUAUUAAAAAUACUCUCUAUAAAUGUGCACCUAUCAAUAAGAACACUCUAAAUACACUUUCUAACCUGGAUCCGAGCCCUAAUUAUAUUAUUAAAAAUACCCUCUAUAAACAUAUACCUAUCAAAAAGUACACUCUAAAUCCACAUUCUAACUUGAAUCCGAAUCAUAAUUAUAUUAUUAAAAAUACCCUCUAUAAACGUGCACCAAACAUAUAA